GAAUGCACUUCCGCCUGCGCGUAAACCCUCGCGGCCGUGAAGUGAAGUUCAAAUCUCACGAAGUCUUCGUUUGCUUAUUGCGAAGAUGGCUGGUGGCGAGCGGAGCUCAUGGCGACUAAGGAUCGGUCCUUACUUCGGAGAAGUUUCUGCUCUCUCAUUCGUUCCUUUGCCUCGUCCCAUGUCCCCCUUCCCCCUUCUUCUCGCUGGAACUGGAUCUGAGUUACUGGUUUAUGAUGUCAGAUCGGCGAACCUUGUGGAGACCUUUCAGGUCUUCGAAGGGGUGCGUGUUCAUGGAAUCUCAUUGCAAUCUCCUGACAAUAAUGAUGACCCUUUUUGUUCGGCAGCAUUUUUCAUUAUUGCUAUCUAUGGAGAGCGGCGAGUUAAGCUAUUUCGCUUGUGUGUUAGAUUGGGGUUGAAUGAUGGUGCUGGGUCCAAUUUAGGAGUGAGAUUGGAAUUGAUCCAGAGAUUGCCAGGGUUUGAUCACUGGGUCCUGGAUGCCUGCUUCUUGAAGGAGGACAAUGUUCUUGCAGUGGGCCUCAGUGAUAAUUCUGUAGCUUUGUGGAAUCUUACUAGUUCUAUUGUGGUCACCCGAGUGAAAUCUUCAGAGAGGUGUCUCUUGUAUUCUAUGAGACUGUGGGGAAACAGCAUAAGGCUACUCAUUAUGGCAUCUGGAACAAUUUUUAAUGAGAUAAUCAUUUGGAAGUUAAUUCAUGAAGGACCUCAUCCUUCAUCCAAUCAAUUGAAGGAGCACGUUGGUUCCAACUCAUCCAGUGCAAUGGAUGCUCAUAUUGAUAGCGUGAACUAUGUAGCUUAUCAUUUGAAUAAACUAAUUGGGCAUGAAGGAUCAAUAUUUCGAAUGAGUUGGUCAUCCGAUGGAACAAGGCUGAUGUCUGUUUCUGAUGAUCGCAGUGCUCGUAUCUGGCUAAUUGAUUGUCAAAAGCAAAAAUUUGACAAUCUUGUGCAGACUCUGGGUAAUUAUGUUUCAUCUGAUCUCACAUUGUUCGGGCAUAAUGCUAGAAUCUGGGACUGCUAUAUAUCUCAUUCUGUAGCAAUUACAGCCGGCGAAGAUUGUUCAUGUCGAGUUUGGGCAACAAGUGGGGAUCAAUUAUUGAUGUUAAAGGAACACAUUGGUAGAGGCAUAUGGCGUUGUUUGUAUGAUCCAGAUUCUUCACUUCUGGUAAGUGCGGGAUUUGAUUCUGCAGUCAAAGUGCAUCAAAUUACUUCCUCUUCUUCUAAGGAGGCAAGAGAACAAUAUGGCAUAUCAGACAAUUUGAUGGAUCAGAGAGAGAAUUUCCAAAUUUGUAUUCCUAAAUUAGCAAACCAGCUUUCUCUGAUGGACAGCAAAAGCGAGUAUGUAAGAUGCAUACAGUUUACUCAGGAGAAUUCUCUUUAUAUUGCAACCAAUAAUGGAUAUUUAUAUCAUGUUGAAUUGUCUAAUCCUGGAAGGAUAACCCGGACUGAACUUAUCCAACUAAGAGAAUCGCAGAUUAUUUGUAUGGAUAUAUUGCCCAUGAAGACUUCAGAGUCAUCUUUGAACCUGGAUGAUAUUGUUGCAAUUGGAGAUGGAAAUGGGAAAGUGACAGUUGUUGGGGUUAAUAAUCGAGGCGUUACUCCUUCAGCCUCGUUCUCUUUUAAUUGGUCAGCAGAAAAGGAGAGACAAUUAUUAGGUGUCCACUGGUGCAGAUCAUUGGGUAGUAGCUAUCUCUUUACAUCAGAUCCUCAGGGUAUCCUGAGGAUGUGGAAAAUCGAAAAGGCUGCUUUAGAAUCUGACAUCCAUGUUACCAGCAUAGAUUACAAUGCAUUACUUCUUGCAGUGUUUACUUCAAGUUUCAGACAUCGAAUCAUGUGUAUCGAUGCCUCACGUAAAGAGGAGGUUCUUAUAUGCGGUGAUAAGCGUGGGAAUAUUAUUCUCUUUCCUUUGGUGGAUGAAUUGAUGGUAGAAAAACGCACAGAAAUAAUAGUCAUCUCUCCUGGUGAUCAAUUUAAAGGUGCACAUGGCAUAUCUAGUGUCACUAGUAUCUGCAUUGUCAGUUCACAAUUGAAUGAUGCUGACAUACAAACGACUGGGGCAGAUGGAUGCAUUUGUUAUUUCCAGUAUAGUAAAAUCCUAAGGAAAAUUGAAUUUAUUGGUAUGAAUCAAGUGAAAGAUCUUAGUAUGAUUCAGUCAGUCUUUUCAAGUGCAACCUCUGGGGACACAAAAUUCAACAAAUACGCAAUUGGUUUUACAUCCGUGGAUUUUAUAACGUGGGAUAUGACAAAUGAAACUAAGACAAUCAAAAUUCCUUGUGGAGGAUGGCGCAGGCCAUUUUCUUUUCAUUUUGGCGACAUUCCAGAACACCAAAAUUGUUUUGCUUAUGUGAAGGAUCACAUUGUUCAUGUUCAUAGGGUUUGGGUGGUUGCUAAAGAAAAAUUAUUUCCCAAGGUCUUGCAUAUGCAAUACCAUGGGAGAGAGAUACACUCAUUAUCUUUCAUUUCAGCUGUGCACCUAUCAACACGCAAUAAGGGUGGUCAUUCAUGGAUUGCAACAGGCUGUGAAGAUGGAAGUUUGCGACUGGCCAGGUACUCGUCCAUCAAAGCUGGAAGAUGGUCUGAAUCAAUAUUGCUGGGUGAGCAUGUAGGAGGGUCAGCUGUGAGGUCUCUAUGCUUCAUCCCAAAGAUAUAUACCUUCAAAAUUCCGAUGUCCAGUACCUCUAACAAAGAUACACAUCGCACUUCAAAUGAUUCCAGUGAAGACCAACUUUUAUUGAUUUCAGUUGGUUCCAAGCAAGUUCUGACUUCUUGGAUCUUACAGAGUAGCAGAGCACAAAACAAAAAUUCUGAUUAUACAUCAGAUCCGUCCAAAACUGAGUUAUCAUCAAUAUCUUUUCGGUGGUUCUCCACUCAGCUGCCCUCAAAGUUUGCUAGUCGUCAAAAGGGGUUGGAGAAGUUAUUCAAAACAUCUGAAGAAAGUAAUCAUUUAACCACUGAGUGUGAUCAGAUUUCAACAUUAAACUCCACUUUUGUGGAUCAGAUGGAUAAUGACUGGAGAUACCUGGCUGUUACUGCUUUUCUUUUGAAACCUGUAGAUAGUAGGACUACAAUAUGCUUUAUAGUGGUUGCUUGUUCAGAUGCAACCCUCAUGUUGAAGGCUCUUCUUUUGCCUUAUCGAUUAUGGUUUGAUGUAGCUUUACUUGUUCCAGUAAAAUCUCCUGUUUUAUCUCUGCAGCACGUUGUUCCUUGGGAUUCCUGCUCCAAAGAUGCUGCUCCGAUUGGAAAUGCAUAUCUCCUUAUAAGUGGAUCAACUGAUGGAAGCAUUACUUUCUGGGAUCUCACUGAAGUAGUUGAAUCCUUUGUGCAAACAGUGCUGGAUGUUCAACCACAGAUGUUCAUUGAUUGUCAGAGAAGACCUAAAACUGGAAGAGGAAGCCAAGGUGGAAGAAGGUGGAAAUCAUUGAGUAAUGCAUCUCCUGGGAAUACAUUUAGCAAUUCAAAUGGCAUAAAACAAGGCGCUGAUAUGGUUUGUUCUGAAAAUGAAUUUGCAAAUUUAUCUACUAUGGAUAGUGAUCAGAUACACACUCCAUCUAGCACACGGCUAAUUGAUGUUCCAAAAGGGCCUUCAAAUAUCUUUUCGAAUUUAUGUGAAAUACAUCCCUCAUGUGUUUUAAGUUCACUACACCAGUCAGGUGUCAACUGUUUAAAUGUUGCAGAAAUCAAGAAAUGCCAGUACUCAAAAUCUGAGAUUACUUACUGUGUUUUAAGUGGUGGGGAUGAUCAAUCUCUACACUUGCUAGUCUUUGGUUUGCAAGUGGAACCAACCAAUCAGGAUGCUGGAGAUAAUCAGUCUACUGCUAGACAGAAUUAUAUAGACGAUGGGGAUCAUAAUCGAAGAGACGGCAAAAGGUACAAGCUCAAUGUACUUUCCCAAAAUAGCAUUUUAUCAGCACACAACUCAGCAGUUAAAGGUGUUUGGACUGAUGGCACAUGGGCAUUCACCACGGGCCUUGAUCAACGAAUUAGGUGUUGGCAGAUAGACCCGUUGUUCAGGUUGAGUGAACAUUCAAAUGUUAUCAUCAGUGUACCAGAGCCAGAAACACUUGAUGCAAUCAUCCAUGACAGUGGAGGGAACAGUUGGUAUCAAAUUGCAGUAGCAGGAAGAGGCAUGCAAAUGGUGGAGUUCAAAUCUAUUGCUGGUGAUGAUGAAUGAAUUGUUUGGCUUACACCUCUGCUAGCGUUAGUGGUUUCCAGAUCUCUUCUCAAACUCCCGCUUGUCAUUGUAAGCGACAGUGGACAAAAAACUCCCCAGUAAUUUAUUUUGACAAGAUUAAGUCAGGAGGUGCCAGACACACAAGGUGGCCGAAUUUAGUAUGAAGAACAAAAGCGGAUAUAACCUCAACUCAAAUUGAACACUAACAUUUGGCAUAUAAGAAUGAAAUUGGAGAAGCAGAUUUAUAGGCUGAUAAUUCGUAGAGGUAAGAACAGCCAUUAGUGACCUCUGUUUUGUGAAGAGAAUGAUGAAAACUCUUGAUGGGGGCAAGAUCUGUCCGCUGCCCCUAAAAGGCAAAAGUUGUAUCCAAAAUCUUAUCUUUUGUUGACUUAAAUAUUUAAUCCAUCUCCAAUUCACCUGUUGUGUUUGAUUCAA